UAACACAGUCGGUGCGUGGUGUGUGCAACAUGGCGGGCGACGGGCAACAAGACUUCAACCGGAGUGCGUUGACGCUCGAUCGGGGACGGGCCUGGUACACCGGUCAAAGAGCGGAGAAGAUCCCAAACGGGCUGGUCGGAGUAGUGGGCAGCAAUUGCCUUGGCCUGGAUCUUUCCUAUAACGAACUGACUACCGUUUCGGCGGCGAAGGAUUUCGAGAGGCUUCAGGAACUGAUUCUGGACAACAACCAACUCGGCGAUCUCAAAACGCUGCCGUUCAUGCCGACUUUGACCACUCUGAGCUUGAACAACAACAAGAUAUCCAACAUCGACGGAGCCCUCGACAAGAUACGAGACUGCUGUCCCAACGUGGAAUACGUGAGUCUUCUGGGUAAUCCAGGCUAUCCCGAUCAGUUGACCAAUCCGGCGUCCACCGACGAGGACGAUUACGAGCGUUACAGGCUCUAUGCGAUCCAUGUCUUACCUUCGAGCCUGCGCUUCCUAGACUCCCGGCGAGUCACUCAGCAGGAGAGAUUGAACGCCGAGAUUCGCGGCAAGUACUCUAGGACGGUGAAGCUGGUGCCGGAGUUGAUUCACAAGCCGCCCAGCUCGACGACCACUAACGAGUUCGACGAUCUGUUCUUCAACAUCCAUUACACACCCUUACCGAAUGCAGUACGCAAGCCGCAGGAUCACAAAGGUGCGUACGGCAAGUGCAAGUAUCGGUAUUCCGGCAAGAAUUCCGAAGGCAACCGAUUCAUCUCGAACAACGAUCUUUAAACGAGAUUCAUUGAAAUACUUUUCAACGUGGCCUUAAAUACCAAAAUAUAUGCAAAAUGUUUGUCUAGUCAGGUAUAAUUGAUGAUCAUCAAUUAAGCACAAAGCGCGAGAUAUCCCUUUCUCAAAUAUUAUCAAGAGUUGUUCAAACCUGUCCCAAAUGAUUCGCAAAUAGUAUUAUCAAUGUGAAAACGUCUCUAAGAAUCAUACCAUGAUAAUUAUUAUAUUACCACUGAACUUUCCAAUAAUUUGUUCGAGAAACAAAUUAUUACAGCCCCAAAUAUCGCACUGUUUGUGAUAAUUUUAUAUGUCAAAUGUAAAAUAUCUAUAGAGUUUAUAAUAAUAUUUUGUAUAAUUGACAUUGAUGUGUGAUUGAUAUUCAGCUAUUUUUCAAACUAGCUCCUCGAUUAGAUUUACGUUGCGACAGUUCGUACUUCAUCCCUCGAAGAAGCGUGUCCGACUGAUCUUUGUAUCUCUUUAGCAGUGCGUUUUUUUCAACGGUGAUCGAGAGAAAUGCGAAGCUACGAGUAAACGUAUAAAACUUUUAUUAUCAUGUACACCGACGAGCGACAUAUAAAUAAAUGUCUGAUUCUAUUCA